AAAUGGUGAGGAUUCCCUGAUAUUGGUUAUAGACGACGUCGUUUCCUCUCAUAAUUAAGUAUCGGUUCUCUCCUUCUUCACUGCACAGUUGCUGAAACAAACUAAAAGCUAGAGGGAGCUCCAAGAAAACAACAGACUGAUCAAAAUGGGAAGCAGCUUAAACAUCACUAACAGCAGAUCACGAAUGUUGAUAUCACAUGGCCAAUGCAGCCGCACACACCAGAUCGGCGCUCUCCUUCUAAUCGUUUCCACCUUCUUUCUCACUCGCCUCGUCGACCAGUCAUUUUCUACUUGCACUUCCUACGACGUCGCAUCCCAAUCCCAAUCACACGCGCAAACCCUAGUACAUCUAAUCAACGGCGGCUAUGGAACUCACCCCUCGAUGAAAAUCUACGUCUACGAAGAGAAGGAGAUUGACGGAUUAAAAGAGUUACUUCGCGGCAGAGAUGGUAAAAUCUCGGCUGAUACUUGUGUUAAAGGCCAGUGGGGCACUCAGGUAAAAAUACACAGAUUGCUUCAAAAUUCAAGAUAUAGAACGAGAAAAAAAGAAGAAGCUGAUUUGUUUUUUGUUCCAGCAUAUGUUAAAUGUGUGAGAAUGUUGGGUGGUCUUAACGAUAAAGAAAUUAACCUCACUUAUGUGAAGGUUUUAAGUCAAAUGCCCUAUUUUAGGCGAUCUGGAGGCCGUGAUCACAUAUUCGUCUUCCCCAGUGGUGCAGGAGCUCACUUAUUUAGAUCUUGGGCCACGUACAUAAAUCGAUCUGUAAUUCUUACUCCUGAGGGGGAUCGGACUGAUAAGAAAGAUACGAGCGCUUUUAAUACAUGGAAAGAUAUCAUUAUUCCUGGAAAUGUUGAUGAUGGGAUGACCAAAAUUGGGACUACAAUUGUUAAACCCUUGCCAUUAUCAAAAAGGAAGUUCUUGGCAAAUUAUUUAGGUCGUGCGCAAGGAAAAGUCGGGCGUCUUAAGUUAAUAGAGCUUGCAAAGCAAUAUCCAGAUAAGUUGGAAUGUCCAGAGUUGAAGUUUAGUGGCCCUGAAAAAUUUGGGAAAAUGGAGUAUUUCGAACACCUGAGGAAUGCAAAAUUCUGUCUUGCUCCACGUGGGGAGUCUUCUUGGACACUUCGCUUUUAUGAGUCCUUCUUUGUGGAGUGUGUCCCAGUUUUAUUAUCAGAUCAAGCAGAGCUGCCUUUCCAAAAUGUGAUUGACUACACCCAUGUUUCAAUUAAAUGGCCAUCUACUAAAAUUGGUCCUGAACUUUUGGAGUACUUAGAAUCAAUACCAGAUGAAGAUAUAGAAAGGAUGAUAGCCAAUGGGAGACAAGUAAGGUGUUUAUGGGUAUAUGCCCCAGAAUCAGAGCAGUGUUCUGCAAUGCAAGGAAUAAUGUGGGAACUUCAGAGAAAAGUAAGGCAAUUCCACCAAUCAACUGAAACAUUCUGGCUGCACAAUCGAACUAUCGUGAAUAGAAAUAUGGUUGAAUUCUCUAGUUGGAAGCCUCCCAUGGUUUUGCCAUGAUUGUUCUACUUUAUAAUUUGCUGUAUAUCUGGAUACUCUUCACAUAUUCAAUUCUUUUUAUUCUAUAUGUUUGUCGACUGGCACUAAUUCACAGGUUUAGAGCUUUUUGGCCUCGUAUAUGCAGGGAGGUAAAAUCACAUGUCAUGUAUAGGCACCCAGACAGUGUACACUAGCGAGAAAUUUAUAAUGAUCAUGCUGUCCGUUGUAUUUUUCUGAAUCA